AUGUCAACUAAUAAUGAAUUAAAUGACAGUAUUGAUGGAUUACUCAAAUAUCCUGUUAAAAAUAAAUACUCUACACAAGUGUUUGUUCAUAUGCAUCCUCCAGUAGUAAACAAAACGAAACAGGAAAUCAAACAAAUGGACUACGAUUUAAAGACAUCCGAUCCCGUUGAACAAGACCAGGGUGAAAAACUGACAUUGCCGAAUCACAGGGAAAAUGAAGACAUCAAAGAAAAAACCAUUCCCGAACAAGACUGUCAGAAUAGAGGUAGGAAUGUAUUGAAAUCUGAAUACCCAGAUGAUAUCGACAGUCUUAAUAGUUGUGGACUACAUUUCAUUUCAGAAAAUCCUCAACAGCUUGAAUCUCGAAGUUGUAAUCUCAGUGUAGUUGAUGCUAAGAAUAAAGAGUUUCAUCAAGCAAUCCUCGUCGAAAAUGAUAGAAUUCGUUUCAAAAUAUUCUGUCGAAUGUCAACUAAUAAUGAAUUAAAUGACAGUAUUGAUGGAUUACUCAAAUAUCCUGUUAAAAAUAAAUACUCUACACAAGUGUUUGUUCAUAUGCAUCCUCCAGUAGUAAACAAAACGAAACAGGAAAUCAAACAAAUGGACUACGAUUUAAAGACAUCCGAUCCCGUUGAACAAGACCAGGGUGAAAAACUGACAUUGCCGAAUCACAGGGAAAAUGAAGACAUCAAAGAAAAAACCAUUCCCGAACAAGACUGUCAGAAUAGAGGUAGGAAUGUAUUGAAAUCUGAAUACCCAGAUGAUAUCGACAGUCUUAAUAGUUGUGGACUACAUUUCAUUUCAGAAAAUCCUCAACAGCUUGAAUCUCGAAGUUGUAAUCUCAGUGUAGUUGAUGCUAAGAAUAAAGAGUUUCAUCAAGCAAUCCUCGUCGAAAAUGAUAGAAUGGAAGGAGCAUGCGAAUGUCUAUUGUCAGAAACAAUUUACAUGGCUACUGGUUGGAUAGCAUAUUUGAAUAGUAUGUGUAAUCCAAUUAUAUACGCAUUUUGUAAUAAAGAAUAUGCAAAAGCAUUUAAACGUUUGUUACAUAUUGGAAGUAAUAAUUGA